UUCGGGCACAGCCCUUCUAGUGCUAGUUCGUUUUUCGUGGACGUGAAAACAGUGGAAAGGUAUAGAACUACGAUUGUUUCACGCCCGGCGAGACUUUUGUGGAAUUGGCUGCCGAAAUUGGAGUUCUAGACCCAAACUGCGGCCGUGAUUUAUUUAAAGUUUGUGCAAUUCGGCAUUGAGAAAACAGAAGAAUGUUUGGACCAGGAGUCGCGCCGAUUGUGGUAUUGAGCCAGAACACCAAACGGGAUUCGGGCAGGAAGGUUCAGAAGGAAAAUAUCCAGGCUGGAAAGGCUAUCGCCGAUGUUAUCAGAACAUGUCUUGGCCCACGAGCGAUGCUAAAGAUGUUGAUGGACCCCAUGGGUGGAAUCGUCAUGACCAACGAUGGAAAUGCUAUUCUUCGAGAAAUCACGGUUCAGCAUCCAGCGGGGAAAUCCAUGAUUGAAAUUGCAAGAACUCAGGACGAAGAAGUGGGCGAUGGCACCACUUCCGUUAUCGUCUUGGCCAGUGAAAUUUUGGUUACCGCGGAACCCUUUUUAGAUCAAGGAAUGCAUCCCACUGUUAUAAUCAGAGCUUAUCGACAGGCUCUUGAAGAUAUGCUAACAAUCCUGAACGAGGGGAUUAGUAUAACGCUAGAUCGUAACGAUAGAAAGCAAUUGGUUCAAGUUAUUAAUUCUUGCAUCGGUACUAAAUUUAUUGGGCGUUGGUCACAGCUGGCAUGCAAUAUUGCAUUAGAUGCCGUGAAUACUGUCAUGCUCGAAGAGAAUGGACGUCGUGAGAUCGACAUUAAGCGGUAUGCUAAAGUAGAAAAAAUCCCUGGUGGAAGCAUUGAAGACUGCGUCGUUCUUAAGGGUGUCAUGAUCAACAAGGACGUUACUCAUCCCAAGAUGAAAAGAUACAUAAAGAAUCCAAGAAUCAUUCUUCUCGAUUGUCCUCUUGAAUACAAGAAAGGUGAAUCCCAGACAAAUAUUGAAAUAAUGAAGGACACUGACUUUACAAAAAUUCUGGAACUGGAGGAAGAACACAUUAAGAAGGUGUGUGAAGAGAUAAUUGCGGUCAAACCUGAUGUCGUAUUUACCGAAAAGGGGGUCUCAGAUCUGGCACAGCAUUAUUUGGUCAAAGCAGGUAUCACAGCAGUUCGCCGAUUGAGAAAGACCGAUAACAACAGAAUCGCACGGGCCUGUGGAGCGACAGUGGUCAAUCGAACCGAAGAAUUGAGGGAAGAAGACGUUGGAACUGGAGCUGGGCUUUUUGAAGUUAAAAAAAUCGGUGAUGAGUACUACUGUUUCAUUACCGAAUGCACAGAUCCAAAGGCAUGCACGAUUAUCUUAAGAGGAGCAAGCAAAGACAUUUUGAAUGAAACCGAGAGGAAUUUACAAGAUGCCCUGCACGUUGCGAAGAACCUCCUCCUCGAACCAAAAUUAGUACCAGGUGGAGGAGCAGUAGAGAUGGAAGUGUCUCGCCUUCUGACCGAAAAAUCAGCUGGCCUUGCUGGGGUCGAACAAUGGCCUUAUAAGGCAAUGUCACAGGCCUUGGAAAUUAUUCCUAGAACAUUAGCUCAGAACUGUGGAGCAAAUACAAUUCGCACCUUAACAGCUCUCCGAGCAAAACAUGCUACUGGAGGAACUACUUGGGGGAUUGAUGGGGAGACUGGACAAUUGGUCGAUAUGAAAGAACGUGGUAUCUGGGAGCCACUUACCGUUAAGUUGCAGACUUACAAAACGGCCAUUGAAACCGCCAUUCUGUUAUUGAGAAUCGACGAUAUUGUUUCGGGGAGCAAAAAGAAGACUAAGGAAGAUGAGCAUAAACCAAGUCAGGUUACGGAAGAGUCUACGAAAGACUAAUCGCCGCAACUCCACUUACAUUAAUCAUUUCAGCUUUGAUGUAAUGAACUUUUAACUUUAAAGUAGGAUUAAAGUUCAAGCGUCAUCAUUUAUACUUAACGUAAUAAUUAUUGCAAGUUGUUUACUAUUCGUACACGGCCGAUUGUUCGCUAAUUAAAUGCCUUUUCUGAGAAUAAAUAAAGAUUUUUAAAAAUCAA